UUAUUCACAGCAGCCAGCAGGUUAUAACGGCAGACGAUACGGAAUGGACUUCCCCGUUAGGCAACUGUGAUAACGUAUUGAUCUAUAGUCUGUACUACAUCGUAGUGUAUUCCGUAGUGUGUGCCUUCGUAUUAAUUGUAUGCACGUCAUCGUAUUUUUUAAUAAUAUGAUACAUUGGCGAUGGCAAUCGUCGGAUUGGCUUUUGCGGGGAGUCUCGUGCGAUUUGGCUGUUUAAAGAAUUCGCGUUACGCUGAAUAGCUGGGGACAAAAAAAAAAAAAAAACAUUUGUUAUUAUUUUUUACACUGUGGGACGACCGAUAGUGCGAUAGUAGUUACUAAUGUACUAUUUACCUCAAAUAUUAUGAUGUGGAGGUGGCACAAAUAGUAGUAAUAAUAAUAAAUAAUAAUAAAAUUUAUUUUGGUGCGCCUUUCAAAUUCAAAAUUCAAAUCGCGUAUUCGAUUGUAUCGUUUGGCCGUACUUAUUAAAAGAAAAUAAAAAAAAAAUAAACAACAAAACAAUGUGAACUUUGCUGCUAUGUUGUCUUUGGUUGUGUACACAUUUCACUGGAUAUUUUUAGCUUCCAGAUAUCCAUCAAUGUAUUGUUUUAUGAUGACUGAUGGAUAUUGAUCAAUCUAUAAAUGGGUGGUUUGAAAGGAUAAGCUUGAUACAGAGGAAAGCAGAUCACUACAAGCUUCAUCAAGAUAUUCUUUCAUUAUUAUCGGAUAAGAACGAUUUUGAUUUUUGUAUUAAAUCAAAGGGAAUUAUUAUUAGUGCACAUACUUGCAUAUUACGCUGCCGCUGUCCACAAUUUUAUCAUGAGGUUAUUAAAAAAGUUGAUGUUGCUAGUUUGCCAAUUUAUUUAUUAGAGCGUAUUUCAGAUUUUAUCAAGUGUGUUUAUUCUGAGAACAAUGUUACUGUAUUUGAAAAAAAAUUGAUUAAAUCAAUUAAUGUUGAUCAUCCAAAAAUAAAAAAACGUCCAUCCAUUGAUUUAUAUGAGCUUAAAAAGAUAUCAUGUGAUAUAAAUCCAUUAUAUUAUUCACUAGCACAGUAUGAUGAUCUUUCGUCAAGUGAGUUCAGUGAUUUUGAACAGUGUGCAUAUGAUGACAUAGAAUCAGUCAUUUUAAACCAAGUGAAUAUUAGUAAUUCUUCAUUUAACAGCAUGGAUAUUAAAUCAAAUAAUUCAGUCGAAUCUCAUCAAGUUAAGUCUCAAUCAAGUAGCUCUCAUCAAGAGUCAACUGUGUUAGCUAAUAAAGACAGUUUUAUUGAUGAAAAUUCUGCACUAAAUUUUAAAAUUGAUGGAUCAGAUAUUAGCAACAAAGUUCGAAUAGUAAACAAUCUUAGUCGUGAUUUACAAAAUGAUCUUAUAAAAAAACCGAAUGAUGACAUAAAUAGUUUUUCAAAUCAAGAAUUUGCGAUUGGAUGCAUCAAUACAUUAAAUUCAUCAAUUCAUAGUCCAAAUAAUAAAACAAAUCAACCAACUAUUGGAAUUGUAAAGAAUAAUACCGAAGCCUAUAAUUCUGAUUCAUCAAGGGUUGAUAGUAAGAGUUUAAAUGAUGAAAAUAUUUUACUCAAUGAUAAAAAAAAUAAAACAAUUCAAGAAACUGAUGAUGAUUUAGAUAUUAUAUUGCCUAAUAGUUUUGAAACUUUUACUGUAAUUAAAAAAAGUAAUGAAACUGGAAACAUUUUUUCUAAAUCUAAUCAUUUUGAAGAUAGUGUAAAUAAAAGUAAUCAAGAUCCAUUAAAAAACGAAUCAAUUAAUUUUCAGACAUUCACUGUAAUAAAUGAAAAUAUAAUAAUUGAUAAUGAGAAUACAUUUCAAAAAGAUUUAGUCGUAAAUAGUGAAUCUCUCGAACCUGAAACUUCAAAUGAUUACAAAACAUUUACUGUUGUUAAUAAUAUUAGUAGAUCUCCUUUUUAUACAGAACAGCUGAGUAGUUCAUCUAAUUCACCUUUAUCAAGCAGUAAAAUAUAUAUAAAUAAUAAUGACAUUGAUCUAGAUAUAUUACCAUCAACUCAUACAUUAUCUCAAUUUGAUACAAUUACUUUAUUACCACAGUCAAAUAAUGUGAAUGAAGAAGAAAAUGUUUCGACAACUUUAAAUAAUGAUAAAAAAGAGAUUAAUAUAUCUAAUUUUUAUAUUGAUACAAUUAAGAAAGAAAACUGUGGAAAUAAUGAGUCCUGUAGUCAAAUUGAUUUUAAAGCUGAGAAAAAAAUAAAAAAUGAUGUAGUUAGUUCUUCAAAUAAUAUUGAUAGUAUUGUAACAUCAACUGAAAGUAUUAUUUGUACUAAUAUAAAACAAUGUAAUGAUGCUAUACCUGGUGCAUUGUGUACAGUUAAUGAUAAUACUAUAUUCAAAUUUAUUUCUGAAGAUAACAGUAGUCCAAACAUUUCAUCUAACCAGCAUAUAGAAAAGUUGAAAAGUUCUGGUGAGUCUGAUAGUACUCUUAGUUUACAUCUUGAUAUUUUAGAAAAUACUAAAGGAAUUAAUUCUCCUGAUUCUUUAAAUGAAGAUGAGGUGUUUGGUCUGGAAGAAAGGCCAAUAGUUUCUAAUAAGUUAGAAUUUGUACCUUUAGAAGCAACACCAAUAAAAGAUAAUAGAAGUCCACGUUUAUCUAGAAAGUAUAUGGAAUGUUCACCUGUUAUAUCAGCUAAUGCUUAUAUUCCCGACUUUGAUGUAGAAAAAUCAUCUGUUACGGAAGAAAAUAGUGAACGAAAAAACUCAAGCUCAUUUUUCAUUGAUUUUAAUCAAGGUAAACCAAAAAAUAAACCUAAACGUUUUGAAAAUCUCACAAAGUCUUUAGAUUCUAGUACAAUUGCUAAUAGCAAAGAAAAAAUAUUCUCUAUGUUUAUUGAUUUUAACGACGAUUCUGAAUCCAGCGAAUCAUCAUCUAAAGGUAUUAAACUUCGUAAACCUCAAACACUUGCAGAUCGGUUUGUUCGUAUGCAUAGUGAAGAGGCUUGUGCCAAAACUAAUGAUAGUGAAAACACAGUAACUCCUCCUCCAAGUCGAAUGACAUCAACUGUUGAAAAUUCUUCUGCUGACAUAUCUGAAUCAUGUAAGAAACAAAGUGUAUUCAUGUUCAUUGAAAAUGAUUCACCUGCCCCAGUCAAACGAAGAUCAUUACCUCAGAGCUCUAGACUUAAAUCUCAAAGAAAUUCUUGGAAUGUUGACAGUACAGUUGUUCAUAAAACUCAUCAUAGAACUCAUAGUGUAAAUUUAUCCAAAGAAAGUGAUUUAGAUGCCAGGAUGACUCAGAGUCAUAUAGAAACAGCAUCAAAUGACUUCAGUAAACCUUCAGAUUCAUUUGAUACUUUAGAAUGUAAUGUAACAAUUACUGUAAAUGGUGCAAAAGAUAGUGGAAUUGGUCUAGUUGAUUCUUUUGUUCGGCUAUCUGAUAUGGAUAAAACACCUUCUCAAGAAAUUAUGAAUAAUUUAAAUAAGAGUGAGUCUAAAUCUGAAUCUUUGAGACGAGAUUUAAAAAACACAGAGUUAGGUAGAUGUUUAAAACGAAUGUUUCCAUAUUUAAAAAGUAUUGAAGUUGAACGUAUAUUACAAUCUAAACCACCUCAUGCCCUUGACAGUAGAGAAGAAAUUAAAACUGGUCUUGGACAAGAUUUACUUCGCAUGUUUAUAGAAGAAAUUGGCGCUGAUACAACAAUUGAUGUUAAUGGGAGACGAAUUAAAGCCCAUAAAUGUGUGUUAACUUCAAGAUGUCAAUAUUUUGCUGCCAUGUUUAGUGGUGGAUGGGUACAGAGUGCUGGAAAUGUAUUAUAUUUGAAAGGCUUUUCUUAUAAUACCGUCCAUUUAACAUUAAGAUAUAUCUAUAGUGGAGAGUGUGAUUUCUCAGAGAUAAAAAAUGUGGCUGAAUUAUCCAAAUUAGCUGAUAUGUUGUGUCUUGAAGGAUUAAAAGAUAACAUAAUGUUAUACUUAGCAGCCGAAUACUGUCAUUUUUUUAAAGAGGUUUGUGAGCGUUGUACUAUUGGUAUUCUCGAGUGCUUGACGUUAAGUGUUGCUUAUGGACUCGAUGAUCUUUAUUUAUCUUGUAUAGUAUGGAUAAAUGAUAAUUUUUCAGUGGUCUGGCCAACACACCAUUUUGUUACAUUGCCACAGGAUUUAAAAGUCAAAUGUUUCAGACAUAAAGUUGCCCACAUUGAUGAUUUAAAUGAUGUAUUGAGUGUAACAGAAGGCUGUGAAAAGAUAAAAAAAUCUUUACCAAAUGAUGAAUGGACUAAAGAAAUUAUAGAUUUAACUACAGACCUUUCAAAUAAUGUAAUAAAAUAUUUGGGAAAACAUUUUUAUUCUACCAUAACUUCAAAAUAUUUUAAACAAAUGCUUGAAAGUGAAAACGUAUUUGCUGAUAGCUUUGCUACACAUUUGUUAGCAUCUUGUAAUUGUGCAAAUAGAAAUCAAAUACGACAAGCUUAUGAUCACUUGAACAAAUCAUCAUCAAAUAAUUUUUGGCAUACACAAGGAGACAUUUUAGUGAAUGCUAUUAUGGAAUUAAUAGUUAAAGGUUUAGCUUCUGACUUCAAAAAUGGCAGAGAAAGACAAGCAAUGGGUAGUCUCCCAAAUGAUUAUCGUAUGUCUGAGGCUCUUGCUAAAAGAAUCUCAUCUGAGUUGGGCAUAUCUGGAAUAGAAUUAUCAGCAAAUGGAACUCUGAUAACAUCAAGUCCUAUUAAAAAGAUGACAAAUAAUUCUAGAACAUUAAAUAAAACACAGGAAAAUAAAGUUAAACUAAAAACUGCGAUUGAAAGUAUUCCGUUAACAAAAGUUAAAACUCCAGGAAAAUUUGCAGAGGUAAAAUCACGGUACAUGGAACCAAAACCACAAUUGUCUACACCUACACCUCCAAAAGUGUUAUCUGUUCAUAAAGAUUUACCUCGUGGUCGUCGCAAUAUGUCGUCGUCGACUUCUCUAAUUUCAUCACCUAAUGUUAGAAGCACUAUGGCAAGUUCCAGAUUGUCUACUAAUCGAAUGGAUAGUAGUUUGAAAAUUAAAACAUCAUCUGAAUUAUCAUUGUCUACUCCUAAAACAAAACCUAGGACUAUGUUGGCAAAAACAGAUCCUCUACCUUCUAACAAUCGUUCUUCAUCGAUUGCAAUUAAACAAACACCCAAAACUAAUAGAAAACCUAUACAGAAUAAUGUAAGUAUUAAAAAAACAUCUAAUGAAAAAAUUAUGAAUGGAAUAAAAAGACAAACUAUUAUUCCAAAAACUAAAAUGUUGCCAAAUGGACAUCCGACUAUAGGUUCUAGAUCAGGUACAUUUUGUAAAGAUGAACCCACUGUUAUACACAGUAAAGAUAUUACUAGUUAGUUCUGUGUUGUAGAUCAAUAAGUAGUUAAAAAAAGAAAAAAGUGAUGGUUCAUAUUGCAUAUUAUAUAAUAUAGUUUAAGUUAUAA